AUGCCUCUCGGGAUCCAUAACCCGCUGCCGGCGUCUUUGAGCAGUACGUACCUUGUUGAUGGCUCCCCUCCCUGCUUCCCCGCAAUCGGUGAAUGCAAGAAGGCGGCCAAGAUCUUGACCUCCUUCGUGGACCCCAAGCAGGCUUUUGGUCCAGACAAGGUUAUUCCGCCGGAAAUUCUGGCGGGGGCAAAGGGCCUUGCAAUUCUCACCGUGCUGAAAGCGGGAUUUAUUGGCUCCGGUCGAUUCGGCUCCGGUAUCGUCGUCGCCCGUCUCGCAGAUGGCUCCUGGUCGGCCCCCUCCGCAAUUAUGACCGCCGGCGCCGGCGUGGGUGGACAGAUUGGUUUCGAGCUGACAGAUUUCGUUUUCAUUCUCAACGACGCUGCUGCCGUCCGCACAUUCUCACAAUUCGGAACCCUUACAUUGGGUGGAAAUGUCUCACUCGCCGCGGGUCCAGUCGGCCGCAAUGCAGAGGCGGCAGGUGCGGCUAGCACAAAAGGCGUGGCUGCUAUCUUCUCCUACUCGAAGACCAAGGGUCUCUUUGCUGGUGUCAGUUUGGAAGGUAGUAUGUUGGUUGAGCGCAAGGAUGCCAAUGAGAAGAUGUAUCAAAGCCGCAUCAGCGCGAACCAGCUUCUCAGCGGUACAGUACGACCACCACCGUCCACCGACGCGCUGAUGCGCGUCCUGAACUCUCGCGCCUUCCACGGAACCGCGGGCAGCCCAUAUUCGGGCGAUUCCAUGUACAAUGAUAUGCCUGUCUACGACGAUAGCCAUGACAAUGUGGUUUGGGAGGGACGAACGGGCGAUGCUUAUGGCGAAGGCGUGCGGAACUCCCGUAGCCGCGCCAACACCGCUGAUGACUAUGAAUACCGUGACAAGCCCCGUCGCGCAAAUACCUGGGCUGACGAUGUAUAUGAUCGGCCCGCCGGGGGUCUUGGGCGUUCGGCAACUACGCGCGCCCCUCCGACCGACUACGAGCUUGGACGCAACCGGAGCAAUACUUUGGAUGCGGAUGAUUAUUCCUACUCCGAUCGUCGACCGACCCGCCCGUCCGCACCUAAGCCGGUCUUUGGGCAACGGACAGGUCAGGGUGCUGGUCUUCGAUCGGACCAGGCAAUAGCACUGUAUACGUUUGAUGCGGACCAAGAAGGAGACUUGGGGUUCAAGAAGGGUGAAGUGAUCACGAUCAUUAAGCGAACGGAGAAGGCGGAAGAUUGGUGGACUGGCCGAAUUGGAGACCGCGUCGGCAUUUUUCCUAGCAACUACGUUGACUCUUCUUGA